GUCGGGAUGGUGGCCAUAGCUAACAUGGAGCCCUUGGUAGGAUGAGAGUGACCCAUUGCUCCUGUCUUACUGCCUCAUCAUGUUGGUGCACUUAUUUCGGGUCGGAAUUCGGGGUGCUUCAUUUCCAGGCUGGUCGCUACAAUCCUUGCGCUUCCAGACAUUCUCGGCCGCCAGGUCUUCAGAUGACCGAUUCAGCUCCUGCCUCCUCCGGGCGGUGGCCCAGCUCCGGGCUCACCUCCCUCGAGUCCCACCAGCUUCCCGACGGAGCCCCUCUGCCUGGUGUUGGGUUGGGGGAACCUUGGUGGUUCCUGCAGUGCUGUGGCAGCAUCCCCGCCUCUGCCUUGUAGCACUGUGUGAAGCCAAAGGAUCCCGUCCUGCCCAGCACACACCCAGUGCCCUGGAGCUGCGCUUUAACUGGAAGCUGUUCUGGCAUUUCCUUCACCCCCACCUGCUGGCCCUGGGGGUAGCCAUUGUGCUGGCCUUGGGUGCGGCACUAGUGAAUGUGCAGAUCCCCCUGCUCCUGGGCCAGCUGGUGGAGAUUGUGGCCAAGUACAUGAGGGACCGUGUGGGGAGUUUCGUGUCUGAGUCCCGUAAGCUCAGUACCCAGCUGCUCCUACUCUACGGUUUUCAGGGAUUGCUGACCUUCGGAUACCUAGUGCUGCUGUCCCACAUCGGUGAGCGCAUGGCCAUGGACAUGCGGAGAGCCCUUUUCAGCUCCCUGCUCCGGCAAGACAUUGCUUUCUUUGAUGCCAAAAAGACAGGGCAGCUAGUGAGCCGCUUGACUACCGACGUGCAAGAAUUCAAGUCGUCCUUCAAGCUUGUCAUCUCCCAGGGAUUGCGCAGUUGUACCCAAGUGAUUGGUAGCCUGGUGUCCCUGUCUAUGCUGUCCCCACGCCUCACACUGCUGCUGGCUAUCGCCACACCUGCCCUCAUGGGAGUGGGCACCCUGAUGGGCUCAGGUCUCCGAAAGUUGUCUCGCCAAUGUCAGGAGCAGAUUGCCAGGGCAACAGGCGUAGCAGACGAGGCCCUAGGCAAUGUUCGGACUGUGCGGGCCUUUGCUAUGGAGGAGAGGGAAGAGGAACGCUAUCAAACAGAGCUGGAGUCAUGCCGCUGUAAAGCAGAAGAGCUGGGCAGGGGCAUUGCCUUGUUCCAAGGGCUCUCCAACAUCGCUUUUAACUGUAUGGUCUUGGGCACCCUGUUCAUUGGGGGCUCCCUUGUGGCUGGACAGCAGCUGAGAGGGGGAGACCUCAUGUCCUUCCUGGUGGCUUCCCAGACGGUACAGAGGUCUAUGGCCAGUCUCUCUGUCCUGUUUGGUCAGGUGGUACGUGGAAUGAGUGCGGGUGCCCGUGUCUUUGAGUACAUGGCCCUGAGCCCCUGCAUCCCAUUGACAGGGGGCUACUGCAUCCCCAGCAAGGACCUCCAUGGCUCCAUCACCUUCCAGAAUGUCAGCUUCAGCUACCCCUGCCGCCCCGGCUUCGAGGUGCUCAAAGACUUCACCCUGACGCUGCCACCUGGCAAGAUUGUGGCCCUUGUGGGCCAGUCUGGGGGAGGAAAGACCACAGUGGCUUCCCUGCUGGAGCGCUUCUAUGACCCCACAGCUGGCAUGGUGACACUGGAUGGGCACGACCUGCGUACUCUCAACCCCUCCUGGCUUCGGAGCCAGGUCAUCGGCUUUAUCAGCCAGGAGCCAGUCCUAUUUGGAACAACCAUCAUGGAGAAUAUCCGAUUCGGGAAAGUGGACGCUUCUGAUGAAGAGGUGUAUACAGCUGCAAGAGAAGCCAACGCCCACGAGUUCAUCAGCAGCUUCCCUGAUGGCUACAAUACCGUGGUUGGUGAGCGGGGCACAACCUUGUCUGGUGGCCAGAAGCAGCGCCUCGCCAUCGCACGUGCCCUCAUCAAGCAUCCCACUGUGUUGAUCCUGGACGAGGCAACCAGUGCCCUAGAUGCAGAAUCUGAAAGGGUAGUGCAGGAGGCCCUGGACCGGGCCAGCGCUGGUCGCACCGUGUUAGUCAUUGCCCACCGGCUCAGUACUGUUCGUGCAGCCCACUGCAUCGUCGUCAUGGCCAAUGGCCAAGUCUGUGAGGCCGGGACCCACGAAGAACUCCUUAAAAAGGGCGGGCUGUAUGCAGAGCUUAUCCGGAGACAAGCCCUGGAUGCCCCACUGACCUCGGCCCCACCUGCAGAGAAGCCUGAAGACCCCAGGAGCCCCCAGUGGAAAGCCUGAGACCCCCCCCCCCCCCGGGGUCAAGUCACUGCCAAGAGCCAGUCUGGGGCUGGAGCUCUGCUGGGGACAGAGCUCUUAAGGGGCCAGGGUGGGGUGUAGCCUGCACUUCUGCUCCUGUAAAGGAUCUGGGCCUAGCAGCUGGGGUGGGAAGGUGACUUUCCUCCCACCUGUCCUGGCUCAGCUCUGUGAUUACUGUGAUGUACAAGGUGAGGCAGAGUCCCUGAGGCACCUCUGCUUGAGUCUUUCCCUCUGUCCCAGUCCUGCCCAGCACUCUAAGGUUAUUCAGGCCCUCACUGUGGGGACUGAAAAUUCGCGGUCUGGCCAGGCCUGGUAGAAUGGGUUGUAAUUCAGGCACUUGGGAGACUAAAGUAGGAGGAUCGAGGGGUUCAAGGCCACCCGGGCUAUAUAGUGAGACCCUGUCUCAAAUAAGUCCUAAAUAAAUAAAUGUAAUAAAAGGCAAUUUUAAAAGAGACUAAGGCUAUAGCUCAGUAGCAGAGUGCCUGACAUAUAGGAGAGCCUAGAUUUGAGCCUUAGCACUGCCAAUAAAAUAAUAAAAUCCAGGGUUGGGAGUAACCCGGGACCUCAGACCUAGGCUCCACCUCACCCUAGGAAGGACCAUACAUCCCUAGCCUUACCCUUGCAUCCCCAACAAAGCCGCAACCAUGGUCUCUGGCAGGAUGAAGUGGUAGCAGUCUAUUGUACAAGAAGCACCCAGCCUGCCUGCCUGUUCCCUGUGUGCUUCAUAUCUGACCUGGUGAGACUAUAAAAUCGAAGAGACAUUAAAGAGACUGAGACUGGGCCAUGUGCCCAGAUACUGGCAUGGUGGUGCAGACCUGUAAUUCCUGCAGAUGGCAGGUAGAGGCAGGGUGAUCAGUUUGAGAUCAUCCUUGGCUACAUAGAGUUUGAGGCUAGCAAGGCUUUUGUGAGAGCCUGCCCCAAAGGUGGAAGGCACAGCUAAUACACAAGGCAAUAUGAGGUUCAUAUGAGUAGCCAUAAGGAUCAUGGAAGUAGUGGGAUGGUGGCCUCACCUUGAAUGGGGAUAAGCAGACAGCCUGAAUGACAUGAGCAUAUGGCCCCAAAGCUGUAAUUGAGGCAAGUUGGGGCCUCCAUUGGCUUCUCAGGUGUCCAGGGAAGCAUGCAAAGGACCCCUUAGAUGGCACUGAUGCUCCCAGAGCUGCCAAUGCAUUCAUCCACUUAACUUACUCCCAAAGGGUGAUGGCCUUUAGCCUUGGUACUGUAGGUCACUUCCCACUGAGAAUCCAUCCCCGGCCAACCACAUCCAGGUUGUAGGAUUCUGCAGGGCAGGGGAAAGGUGCUGUAACUUCAUGUUCAGACAAACAUUUCAUACUUUUCAUGUGGCAAAGGAUAAUAGUUUUUCAGGAGCGAUGGGCACAGACUGCAGAAACAGCUGCUGCUGGAGGCCAGUGUAGAGGCUCAGUGAGUGCAGAAACUGAGGUGGGUCUUGUGGUUAGGACCAUAUACUGCUGUGAGGACAAGGAACCUACCCCCUAGUCCACAGUGGCCUGGUUCGGUAUCUGUAGUGACAGUCCUGGAAGCUGAGUUCUGGGUGGCUUCAGUUGCCUAGUCACCACCGUGCCCCACACCCCUGCCAAGUGCAGCUUAGAGAAAGGCCUCUGCUUUCCAUAGGAAUUCCCCCAUCUGGCCCGACCCUUGGUCCAGUUGGGCAUAAAAUCUCCCUUACGGGGCAGCCAACCAGCCAGGUGGCUCAGCGUCAUGUACAGUCACCUGACUGGCAGUGUACACAUCACUUAGUGUGAUUCUAAGCCCCCUGACAGCCACAGGAUGGCUACUCACCAGGGAAUGGGACCCUAUGACCAAUGGCUGGUGACCCUACCCUAUCACCCUGGCUUGACUCUGCCAGCCCCUCAGUAGAGAACAGCAGAUUAGCUGGACUUCCUCUCAAAAUAUGUUUCCAAGAGUUAAGGGGGACAUUUUAUAACAAGGCCCUUAAAAGCCACAGUGCAGUGGUCCCAGAAAGCAGUCAGACCUGUGCCCCAAGCCAUUGUAGUCACCUAUCUUUUGUAAGGUGUUACUUGCCACUAAACCUGGGACAGUUUCUGAGACUGAGCCCAGUGUACAUACAAUCAGAGGCAGCGCACUGUGCGGUUGGUGGAACUGCAUCCCCACCACUCAAGGCCUGAAGCUACCAGAAUGAACCUGGUCUCCAGUGCUUUUCAAAGACACGGAAUAUAAAUACAGUUCUGGGGCCAAUGAGAAACACCUGCCACCAAACUGAAGGACCUGAGUUCCAUCCCCCAAGACUCACAUGGUGAAUGAGCACACCCACAAGUUUUCUUCUAACUUCACACACAUUGUGACACACACCCCCAAUAAAUAAUAAAUGAAACAUUAGAAGAAAGUGU